AUGCUACAAAUCUUAAAAUUUUUGUCACAUGUUAAACCUUUAGCGAGACUACACGGAUGCAGAACCAACUGGAACAUGUUCCGCUUCUUGUUAGAGUCUUCAUUAAAUAUUAUACUUAAGACUGAAGAGAAAAUUAUGUUAGCUGUUGAAUAUUUCAAUGAGAGCAUCCAAAAAGCUGCUUGGGAUAGAACUUCUGCCGCCAAGAAACACACAUUUCUGACUGCUCAGAGCUGGUUCGAGAACUUGUAG